AAACGUGCGUGUGACGUCAUCUGGAUUUCAUCUCGUUCUCCCUUUGGUUCGGAGAUCAGACCAGCUAGCUAGCUGAUAGCUAACUAACGCUAGCCAUAUUUCUUUAUUUUUUUUCACACAGCUCGAAAGCCUGACUUUAUCAUAAGGUCUGUUUUAGUUUCUGAUUCCACCGGACAUCCAUCGCCAGACUCCUCCCGACACCGUGUUUCUCUCCGCUCCCGGUGAAAACCCUGAGCCAUGUACAAUGGGAUUGGCCUGACGACUCCGCGGGGCAGCGGCACUAAUGGCUAUGUGCAGCGCAACCUGUCGAGCCUGCGGGUCAAGCGGCCGCGGGAUGAGCGCGGUGGCGAACGGGACGAGAAGGACCGUGAGAGGCUGGAGAGCCAGCUCAACAGACAGCCGAAUGCUGACAUCCUGGAGCACCAACGGAAGAGGCAGCUGGAGGUCAAGUGUGCCGAGCUGCAGGACAUGAUGGAGGAGCAAGGGUAUUCAGCUGAGGAGAUCGAUGAGAAGGUGAACACUUUCCGAAUGAUGCUACAGGAGAAGCAGGAGCCAGCUCCUGUCACCGCCGACAGACCAACGGCGACAGAGACUCAUGCUCUGGCUGCAGCCAACCAGCAGAAAAAUGACCGUCUUCGUGCUGCUUUUGGCAUCGGCAGCGACUAUGUGGACGGGUCAUCCUUCCACGCCGACCGCAAGGAGAGAGAGAAGGAGAAGAAAGAGCAGGAACGCCUGGAGAGGGAGAGGCAGCAGCAGCAGAAAUAUACGUUGGUGGAAGAUUCAGACAAUUCAGAUUCUCCUCCCAAGAAGCGCAGUCGGAAGAAGAAAAAGAAAAACAAGAACAGAGACAGCAGCUCAGAGAGUCAGUCCCCAUCUCCUCGACGAGAGAAGAAGAAAUCCAAAAAGAAGAAAAAGAAACGUGAGGCGUCAGAAGACGAGGAAGAAGAAAGCAGUUCUUCAGAUGAGAAGCAGCAGGAGUCAAAGAAGACGACAAAGAAGAAUAAAAGUUCAAGUCCUCCUAAAGCAAAAGCAGUGCGACACAGAAGCGGCUCCUCUAGCUCUGCUCACAGCCAGUCUCCAGCUCAGCUGAGAUCACGUCAACAGGACCAAACUGCACGAAAAGCUGAUGAAGGAAGAAAAGGGAGAUCGCCAGAGAGGAGGAGGCGGGGAUACGAGGAGAACACUCCACUUCAUCAGGGAGGAGAAGGGAAGAAGCCCAAUCUUGAGAGAGAAAAGGAGCGGCCGAAUGACGUGGAGAAGACCUCCUCCAAGAGGAGACAUGACUCCUCAUCCCCUUCUCCACCACCACCAUUAGAAAAAAGCAGGGAGAGGGAGAAAGGGAGGCGUUCUAGAAGCAGAGAGAUGGAGAAAAGGAGGCGUUCAAGGAGCAUGGAAAAUGAGAGGGAGAAAGGGAGGCGUUCAAGAAGCAGAGAGGUGGAGAAAAGUAGGCGUUCCAGGAGCAUAGAAAAGGAGAGGGAGAAAGGAAGGAGUCCCCGAAACAGAGAGAUGGAGAGAGGGAGGCGUUCAAGGAGCAGAGAAAAUGAGAGGGAGAGGGGGAGGCGCUCCAGAAGCAGAGAUGUUGAGAAAGGGAGCCUUUCAAAAAGCAGAGACAUGGACAAAGGGAGGCGUUCAAGAAGCAGAGACAGGAGGGACAAAGGAAAGGAGAGUGUUCCUCAGAGGACCAGGCAUGACUCGUCUUCAUCCCGUUCUCCUUCUCCUCCUCCUCCUCCUCCCAAACAGGAGACUAGAAGGGAAAGGAGCAGAGAUGCUAAUCGGGAAAAAGACAGGAAUAAAGAGGAGAAAAAGAUAAGACGUGACUCCCCGUCUCCCUCGCCUCCACCUGUGAAGGAGAGGGCUAGGAGAGAGAGGAGUGGAGAGAGGGAGCGUAGGACUGAGAGAGGUCCGGACUCUAGGGCUACAAAUGAUCUGCACAACAGGAGAGAACCUGGUAAGAGACAGGAGAAAGAGGCGUCUCCUUUCCAACAGAAAAAUGACAGGAGAAGAGACGGAGGACACCCGUCCCGCACUUCCCCGUCACCCGCCUCCCGCUCACCUGUCACCAACGGCCGUCAAAGAGAGAGAGACGACAGGAGAAGAGAAAAAGAUAGCGAGGUCAUUAAGGAGAAGGACCGUCAUCCUAACAAGCAGAGGGAACAAGACAGAGAGCGAGGCCAAGAAGGCGGCAGAAAGAGAGACGAGGAUGUCGGGUCGACUGCAGAAAGUAGGCGAGACGGACCAAGACCCGCUGAGAAAGGCGGGAGCGUAAGACCAGAAACGAACGAGAGGCCAGAGAAGACGAGGAGCCCUCUGAGGAAGGAGAAACGCGAUGAUAAGGAGAAACAGGCUGAGAAAAAAAAAGAGAGCAGCAGUAGUAGUAGCAGCAGUGGCAGCAGCAGUGGCAGCAGCAGCAGCAGCGAUAGUGACAGUGAUAGCUCCUCGUCCUCCUCUUCCUCCACCUCUUCAUCCUCAUCCUCUGAAGAUGAGGGCAAGGCCAAGAAGGCUGGAACGGAAGGGAUGGAAAAAAGCAGCACCUUGGAAAGUGCACCAUCCGCCAUUGGAGCUGCAGUUGAAAGACAUAUAGCCAACGGUAGAAAAGAAAGCCCACAGAGGGAGAGAGAAGGUGGAGACAAACGGGAGAAGGAGAGAGCUCCUGCAGAGAGCAACAUGCCCCGGAAAAAGGGUCAGGAGCGUUACAGCCCCACACAGAUGGACAGCCCCAGUCCUCCUCCGUCACCGUCCAACAGAGCGGACGCCGGCGGAGACGGUAACAGCUGCUCCCCCUCUGAGGCCGAAGCAGAGAAAACCAGGGUGGAGGCCAAAGUCGGGGAAAGGGAGAGAAGAGGGGAGAGGGACACAGCCAGGAGGCCUGCGCGGUCAAGCUCCACAGCCAGGAGGUCACGCUCCCCACCCAAAAAACCCACCACCUCCCCCCCUGCACGCCGCACUCCACCUAGGCAGUAUCAGGAACCCCCACCCCGAUCCAGGAGAGCUUCUCCUCCACCGGCCUGGUCAGACCGGGAGAGAGAGAGGCAAAGGGACCGAGAGAGGGAGAGAGACAGGGACAGAGAGAGGGAGAGGGACAGGGACAGAGAGAGAGAGAGGGGGAGAGGGAGGGAGAUGGAGAGGGAGAGAGAGAGGGACAGAGAACGCCAGCGGGUUGCCAGGAGGAGCAGGACCAGGAGCCCAAGAAGGCGCAGCAGGUCCAGAAGCCCGAGGAGGCCAAACCCCCCCAACAGGUCCCGGCGCUCUCCGUCUCCACAGCGGAGAAGGAGGAGCAGUCGCUCCCUCUCCAGAGAGAGGGCGAGAGAAAGGGAAAACGAGAGGUUCAGGCAGAGGGAGGUAGAACAGGAGAGAGAGAGAGUAAAGGAGCCUCCCCUCCCUAAAGAUGUACCACCACCCCGCAGGUCCUCCUCUUCCUCCUCAUCCUCCUCCAGCUCCUCUUCCUCGUCAUCCUCACCUUCACCACAGCGAGAGAAGCAAGACACAAAAGCACCAACAGAAAGAGACAUGAGAACAGAGAGCGAAGAGCCAGAGCAGAAAAGUCGUUCCUCUUCUUCACCUCGUCCUUCCAGAGACUCAUCCCACGGCCCAACCUCAGGUAUCAGAGGCUCCCAGUCAGACUCCAGGCGCCCUGAUGUUCCCUCCAGAAGGUCUCCUCCGGCUGGCAGCCAACCAGAAACCAAACCGUCAUCUCGAGAGUCAAGCAGGAAGCGCUCACCGGUGACGGCUCCUCCACCGCCGGACCCACCGGUCAGAAGUGAGAGCGCUGUCAAUGGGAACGAGGCAAGUGCAAACAAGAAAGCCACCAGGAGCAGCAGCUCCAGCUCCUCUUCUUCGUCCUCAUCCUCCUCCUCCUCCUCCUCUUCAUCAUCCUCUUCAGACAGCUCCGACUCCGAAGCGGAGCAAGGAAAAGGGAAGACAGUCAAAGCUCAGAGCUCUCCUUCCUCAUCCUCCUCAUCGGAGAAUGAAAAGGAAACUAAGAAAGCGAGCCCUGCCGUGCCUCAGAGGGUUCCUGCUGAUUCGCUGAGAGAUUCCCGCUCACUCAGUUAUUCUCCUCCAAAGUACAUUAGAGCAGCGCCGGAGUCGCCGAGCCGCAGGAGUGGCAGCAGACAGUCACCGAGCCGCUCAUCAAGCAGCAGACGAAGGAAAUGAGCCGACAACUUGAGGCGCAUCUCUUCUUCUCCUGUGUUGUUUCUCUGUUCAGCUCCGGCUGGUUUGAACUGGACACAAAUGUGGACUUCACAGCCAGCGGUCAGUAGAUAAACCUCCGUGUGGUGGCUCAGAACCAAAACGAGUCCCCCCCCGACAUUCAGUUAUCAACCUGUUUGCUUUUUAAGCAGCGCUGACCCGAAGCUGGCUUGUACAUUUCUUUUUAUGAGCUGAAUAAGAAAAGUACACGUUCACACACACGCAGACACAGUUAAGUUAAAUGUAACUCUAACAAUGUUCCUCUGUAAUUGUACUGUUUGUUGCGUUAUACCUGUAGAUAUGAGCGGUCUGUAUUUUGGUUAUUAUCAUGUAACAGAUUCAACUUUCCAUUUAAUGUGAGCAGAAACUGAAAUGUUUAAUUGAUGAUUAAUUUCUUUGUUGAAAAUGGUUAAUAAAAGACAAUUGUACAUUUUAUUUGUGUGGAAUUUUUCCAUGUGGUUAUUGUUGGAUAUCAAACUUAAGAAUAGUUUGGUGAUAUUUUCUCUCCCAUCAACAAAUUCUGCAAAAACACCCAAAUCAACAAUAAUU